AUGUUCCUACCACCUCCAAUAUAUACUAAAAAUCUGACAACUCACGCGAUAAAAAGCAAGUUACACGUCUUUUAUGGUUCACAGUAUCGUUCCAUUUCUACCAUAAAUACUGGAAGAAAUUUAACUCCGUUGCAAGAGUACGAUCAUCUUAUCAAAUUAAAUAGGUUGAAAGAUGAUGCGUUCCAAAGAGCUGUUAUCACUUCAAUGAGUGCUCUCUAUGCUUCAUUAGAAAGUUACAAUCCACCUAAUCUUGAGCUGGUAAGAGAAUCUUUUUCUUCAAUGUCGAAACUCUGGAAUAUCUUCAAAAAGAAGCCAGUGCGAAAUAUUAAUAUACCGAAAGGUAUCUAUCUUUAUGGCGAUGUGGGAUGUGGGAAAACGAUGUUAAUGGAUCUCUUUUAUUCUACUAUUCCGUCUCAUCUUACUAAGAGAAGGAUCCACUUCCAUCAAUUCAUGCAGAAUGUCCAUAAGAGAUCACAUGACUUAUUACUGCAGUAUGAGGGCCAAAAUCAUACUUCUAAAAUAGAUACGAUACCUCUCAUUGCAAUGGAAAUUGCUCAGAAGUCAAGAAUACUAUGUUUUGACGAAUUUCAAGUGACAGAUGUGGCAGAUGCCAUGAUUCUCAGAAGAUUAAUGUCGACUUUAUUAUCUGACAAGUUUGGAGUGGUUCUGUUCGCCACUUCAAAUAGGCAUCCGGAUGAUUUGUACAUCAAUGGAAUACAAAGGGAAUCAUUUAUUCCAUGUAUUGAAUUACUUAAAGAAUAUACCAAUGUCGUUCAUUUAAGUUCAGCCACUGAUUACAGAAAAGUUCCCAAACCUUUUUCCUCAGUCUAUUAUUUCCCAAAAAAUGGCGCAGAGUAUAACUCAAAAGAAGUUAAGGUUGCAAGAGACCUACAUGCAAGGGAAUGGUAUGAUUAUUUCAGUCAGAACUCAAAACAAGAAAUCCAUGACUAUAUAUUGACCAUAUGGGGUAGAGAAUUCAAAGUACCCAAAUGUACGCCCCCAAAAGUGGCGCAAUUUACGUUCAAAGAACUUUGUGGGCAACCAUUGGCAGCGGGAGAUUAUCUUGCGUUAGCAAAUACAUUCAAAAGUUUUAUCGUCACUGAUAUUCCCUAUCUUUCCAUUGAUGUUAGGGAUGAAAUAAAAAGAUUUAUUACAUUCAUCGAUGCGGUAUACGAUAAUGGUGGUAAAUUGGCAUGUACAAGUGCAAAUAACUUUAAGUCUCUGUUUGUAGAACCUGAAGAUCUUGAAACUUCUUUUCAAUUGAAGUCAAAAUUGUUGCCAAAGGAUAGAAGAAACGAAUAUACAGACACCACUGAUGAUUACGAAAGUACGGACCACAACAUAACCAAAGAUAUUGUUUCCAAAUCAAAAAUAUUCACUUUAGAUGAGGAAAGAUUUGCAUUUUCGAGAGCGCUCAGUAGAUUAACUCAAAUGGGUACGAAAGAAUGGAUUAAUAAGUAA